AAAUAUCGCUUCAAUUUGUGUCGUUUUAAAGAAAAUAUCUCACAAGAAUCUCCACUGCAAUUGUCUGUUAAAAUGUAACGCGUUUACGAAUCAUUCUCAAAAGUCAUCAAAAUUAAACAAACAAUUUAAUUUUUCUCAUACAACGGAGAAACUUUGAUUAUAACAAGAAUCAUUAUUUGUUUGGCGAUAACAGUCACGCAGACGAAAUCGAGAGGGGCACAUCUCUUGCACGCAAUUGGAAGUUGAUUAAAAACAAAACCGCAGAAUACAUUGAUCGUCUUCAUUAUCGGUCAUCUCCAUCGUCUCAUCAGAUACCCCAUCUUGUUGUCCCUCGACCGUUAAGAGAUCCGGGGACUGAUGUAACCAGAAGAAAUGGAGAAGGUGUAUACGGGAGGCUUAGAAGGAAAAAUACCGCCAUAAUACGGUACCUCGUAAAAGAAAAAUUUUCUAAGUUACAAUUCAUCUAUUAGUGAAUAUAAUGACGAUCAUCGGCUUGUAUUUUCGGAGGUCAGUAACCAGAGAUCAUGGAAGAGGCAUGCUCGUCCACCGUUCAUAAGGAGGGAGACGGAAGAAAAGACCUACACGCGUAUACGCUCGAGGUAGACACCAAAGAGGACAGAGGAAAAUGCUCGGGAUGGAGGGGAUACAGGGCGAGAGAGAAGGAUAGGAAGACGGAGUGAGAGGUCGAGAAAAAGAGAAGAGAAAGGAUGAAUUAACAGACAGGGAAAAGGACGGAAUGAAGAGUAAGGCAAGAUACAUAAAAGUAAGAGAAAGAGAAAGAAGACGCGGAGUAAAAGACAGGGAAAGGGAAAGAAGGAGAGACAGAGUAGAACGCAUGGAAAAGAGACUAGGAAAAGAAAGGAUGAACUGGGUGACAGAGAAAAAGAGGCAAGGAGAGACAAGUAGGAAAGGAGAGAGAGAGAGAGAGAGAGAGAGAGAGAGAGAGAGAGAGAAAGCGCGAGAAAAGACAGAGAAAAAAGGAAAGGCAAGAGACAAAGGAAAAGAGAAAAGAGAACGUUAGCUCCCACAGAAGAAAAGAGAUAAACUGAUGAGAAGACGGAAUGAAGAAUGAAACGAAGCGAGUCGGUAAUGAGCGCGAAGAAAAUUUCUCAAAGUUUAAAUGUUAAAUAAAAGUCUGGAAUCUCUAUUCUUAACACUUAUUCUUAGCAACUUCUUCUGUGUCGAGAAUGCUGCAAAACAAUAAUCUCAUUUCGUUUUUGCGUCACUGGUAGAGAUAAGGACUGGAGAGCAAAGUCCUACAAAUGAGGGAGAGUUACUUUAACGGGGCGUAAAAAUAGAAAAGUUCGAUAUAGUUGAGAGGGUGGAAAUCUAUAGAAUAAAAGGAUAUACAGAAAAGCGUGAAAAGGGAAAGAAUACGCAACGACGAUCUCGGAGAGAUAUAUACACACACACACAGACACAGAUGGGAGAGAGCAUGGGGAGGGUGAUAAGGAGGAUGAGAGGGGUCCACCUCGCAGGCGAAAGGGAGACGAGGACGAGGAGGAUGAGGUGAAGGCAGGAGAAGGUGAAGGAGGCGAGUGAUAGCGUACACACGGGAGAGAAGAACUCGAUGCCGAGCGAUGCUAAAAUGGGGGUGGGGAAGAGUACCGUUGCUUCUGUCGAUGGGGAAUGCCGGCGUGCGCGCACGAACGAAACGAAUAACCCGCCUGUAUGCCGCGGCGGCGGCGAGCACCAACCAACCUGGAUGGAACGAACGAGGAAAGACAACGUGCUGCGGAGGAGGAAAAGAGGGAACGGACGGACGAUCGUACCAACAACAAGCGAGCGAGCGAACGAACGAACGAACGAACGAACCAACGAAGGAGCCGAGAGGCAGCACGAGGUGUUCACCGCGUGGCCGUAAAGAGAGAACAGCCAACGCCGAGAGAACCAACGGCCCAUCGUCGUCAUCGCGACUCUGCCUCCUCUUCCUUCCUUAGUCCCCUCGCCGGUCCCCUCGCGUAUACACACACGGAACACGCAACGCGCUCACAUCCAAGCGCGGUACGCACGCAUGUAGGCCCGCCCGCUUGCUCGCCUGCCUACGUGGGUCACGCACACGUGUGAGAGCGAGAGCACGGGCAAGGAGACACCUAGACUCACCUUACCCGCUUCGUACUCGUCAGUUGGAACCACGCGGCUCCGCACGGUGUACACGACCGUACGUCAAGGACGAGGCAGUCUUCGACUGCCGGCGCGGAUCAAGAGCGAGAUAGAGAGAGAAAGAAAAAGAGAGAGGAAAGAGAGGAGUCCUGACGCGCGCGAUUACGAGAGAGCCGCACUCCCAGUUCGACCAUCUCGCCGUAACCGGCCAGCACGCGCAAAAGGGUGCGAAAACGUUCCGCGACGAUAAUAAACUAACAUCGACGGCGCAACGAUACAGCUGAGGGAGUCUCUUUCUUGGUGCACCGUCAAAACAUAGUGAACAUUACGCUGCGAGUACCCUCCCUGUCUGUCUGUCUGUCUGGUUGGUUGAUUGGUUGGUGCCCCGAUACCUCAGUGUCAAAGUAAUUCGAAGAAACAUUCGUGAAUCGCGGCAAUCGGUUGACGCGACAUCGAUGGUGGAUUAUCAGCCGGACGUCGCCGGACUGGAGAUAUGUCAGUGACUUCAACGUGUGAACUUUGACAGUUCGUCGCGAGAGGAUCCACCGGCUGCCAGGCAGAUACGUCGCAAGUGAAGGAUGGAGGCCAGCGAGUGGGAUCACGCGACCUUGAGAGAGGAAGAAUUCGAGCAGCAUGCCGUGUAUUUGGUACCGGAUGUGUCGGCAUCACCGAACGAUAGUAAUCGUGCGGAAGCGUCCUUGCCACGGAACCUGGUCCUCAAACCCUCUCAGGCCCUCAACGAUGUAUGUUCUUUCGCACAAGAAACUCAUCCCAAAACCUCCUCGGUGUUGGGUGUGUGGAGCACCGGUUACAUCCCCAAAGGGACACGUUUCGGGCCUCUGGUCGGCCAGGUGUACACGAAGGAUUCGGUACCGGCAGACGCGAACCGGAAAUACUUCUGGCGGGUAUACAAGAACAACGAGCUGUUCUAUUACAUCGACGGUUAUGACGUCCAGAAAUCAAAUUGGAUGCGUUACGUGAAUCCCGCCUACUCGUCCGAAUCGCAAAACCUAAUAGCAUGCCAGUAUAAGAUGAACAUUUAUUUUUACACGAUCAAGCCAAUAUUACCGCAUCAAGAGUUGCUAGUUUGGUACUGCAGGGAAUUCGCGGAAAGGCUCAAUUAUCCGCUCACCGGUGAGCUGAUGCUUCAGAGAAUACGACAACAAGUACAACAAUCGACGCUACCAACGGAAAUUUCGCCCGCUGUCGACGUAAUAUCGCCCUUGAAAGAUUCAUCGAUCUACGAGAGGCGUCAGAUGACACCAACAGAUGGUUCCGUGAGGUCAGACGAGGGUUAUCAUUCAAACGGUUACCACGACGAGAUCCUAACACCACCUGAGGAAAGCAGCGAAUCCGAUAGUGAGAACAACUACGUGCUGGAUUUCAGUAAGAAUGCCAAAUCGUCAGUGUGCAACGACGAGAUUUUGAAGCAAGACAACACCGCAGCGAAGAACGAAUAUAGAAAAGUCAAGAUCAAGAUCUCCAAGACCUACGGUAAUUUUCAAGCCACAAAGGGCAUCGCUGACGGUCCGACGAAGGACAAGGAUCAAGAGUUGUCCAGUCGGGCAGUCACUCCGGAACUUCAGAAGCCGGUAUCACCUAUCAUCCUACAAAAGAGCACGGUGUUGUCGACCGUGAAUGAGGAUGAGAUCUCUGAGAAGAAUAUGAAACCCUUUUACGAGCCGGAGGUUAAAGGUGGUAAUUUGCCGAUGUCCGGCAGACCCGCUUACCUAGCCAACCCCAGCAGUUCCAUCCUGGAGAACAUUCUGUUGCGUAACAGCACAGACAACAAUAACAAUAGCCACAACCAUCAUCAUCACAAUGGUGGCUCGCAACAACACCAUCAGCACCAUCAGCUACACCAUCAGACUCACGCGGACUCAGUGACGCCGCCACCUUCCAGUCCCACCGAGAUGGCAUAUUCUUACAAGAAGUCCCAUCGUUACGGAAACAUUCUGCCCUGCAGCCCAGACUCUAGCUCGAAUCUGCCCUUACAAACGGAUUCGUGUGUGAAUUCGACCAGUGGCAACGGUGGCGUAUUACCUAGCAUGCAGAGCCCCACCGGCAAUCUGCACUCCAGUACAGGAGGAGGACUGCAUUCGAGCACCGGUGGAAGCAGCAACGGCAGUCUGCCGCCGCAUCCUGGAAAUUUGCAUUCAUCCAGCAAUCCCGGCGGUGGCAUACAUUCCAGUACGAGCGUGCUCUCGUCUAGCGCAAUGCUAACGUCCACCAGCAGUCCGCAUUCGGCGUCCACGACAGUGAACGGUUGUCCGCCCAAGCGAAAGACCAAAUCGCCGUCGCCGUCGUCAAGUCAGAACGGCGUGCCCACCCCGACGACGAUCCUUUACUCCGGCAGCUCAGGGGCCACCAGCUGUCAGAUCGAGUCCGCCAGUCCGGUUUACCCGAAUUCCGCCGGUAGUAGCAGUAGCAGCAGCAGCACCAGCAGCAAUCAGAGUGUCUCACCGAUUUCGCCGAUUCAGUCGCCCUCGUCCUACAGUCCGUACGGUAAUCUGUACGGUCACCAGAAUGGCUCGCUGCACCACAACAUGGGCGCGUCACUGUCUAUCAAUUGCAGCGCCUAUUCACCCACGCCGAGCGGUAACGUCGUCUACGAGAGGACGACGGACGGCAGGCGGCUGGAAGCCACCAGCAGCGGUGGCCAUCAGCUUCCCACCUCGUCGACCAUGCAAAUCGACGGUAACCAAGCGUUGAUCACCGGCACGCACAAUCUUCACCUCGGUCACCAUCCGGGUCUCACCAUCCAUCCCAAUUCCUCGUCGUCCCUCAACAGAUAUUCGCCGGCGAGUUCUUUGUCGCCGGACGAUCACGGGUGUUCCCAGAGCGGCUCCCUCAGCCCCAACUCCCAGGGCUCGAGGGGCUACAGGUCGCUGCCUUAUCCGCUCAAGAAGAAGGACGGCAAAAUGCAUUAUGAGUGCAAUGUCUGCUGCAAAACUUUCGGUCAACUGUCGAAUCUCAAGGUUCAUCUGAGGACGCAUUCCGGUGAGAGGCCCUUCAAAUGCAAUGUCUGCACCAAAAGCUUCACACAACUCGCACAUCUUCAGAAGCAUCAUCUCGUGCAUACCGGUGAAAAGCCGCACCAAUGCGAGAUAUGCAAGAAGAGAUUCAGCUCAACCUCAAAUCUGAAGACCCACCUUAGACUGCACUCCGGCCAAAAGCCGUACGCCUGCGACCUUUGCCCCGCCAAGUUCACCCAAUUCGUUCAUUUGAAACUGCACAAGAGGUUACACACAAACGAACGACCCUACACCUGCCAGGGUUGCGACAAAAAGUACAUUAGCGCCAGCGGCCUCAGGACUCACUGGAAGACAACGAGCUGCAGACCAAACAACAUCGAGGACGAGCUCGCGCUUGCCGCGGCUGUGGGCUCGCCAACGUAUUACGAGUACGGUCCUGACAUGAAUGUUGGAAAUAUGCCCAAGGAAUGCGAGUUGGAACACAUCGAUAAUUACGACAGGCAUGGAUCGACGCAUGGCCCGCACUCCACGUCCCUUCACAACCUAGAGAAUUCUGUAGGUCGGCCGAGCGUCAUAGAAACGUCCCAGCCACACAUUAUCGAGUGUACAUAAGUACAUUAUAUAAUGUUACAUCGGUAUAUAAAUCGCUCAUGGGAUAUGAGCCCUCUUCCGCUCGGGCGCAAAUGCAUCGUGGAAACGUAAAAGAGUAAUUGCUCGCGAUUGACCAGAAAAGAUGAGAUAGGUGCUUUCCUUCUCUGGAAUGGCAGUAAAGAAGAGAGCUUUCGCAAAUAGCACCGCGCGAAAAAUCUUCGCAAAUUCUUCAUAAUUUCGAUGAAAUUAUGGUUGAUUUUCAAAGUGUUUUCAAAUAAUUUUAAUAGAUUUCUAUUAAAAUCAUAAUUGGAGAAUUAAAAUUUUCUCUCUAUAGUUGUACAGCCUAGAAAAAUAUUAAUUUUUUUUCGAAAACAUUUUACACUCUUAAAUAUAUACAUAAUACUAUGGUAAAAUCUCUUAAAAAAAUUAUUUUACUUGUUUCUCUCUACUCUCAUUAUCUCUAAUUUUUAUAAUGUUAAAAUUUUUAUGUUGAGUUGCAUUAAAAUAAUUUUAAACAUGAAUACAGUAGAAAAAAAGCAGAUUCCAGAUUUUUAAUUUAAUUUAUUUAGAUCGGUAUUCGUAGCCAUAAAUAAUUAUCAAUCUUUGAAAGCAUAAUAAAUUACAAAUUCAUAUAUUCAUUUUUUCUUUCAUUCAAAAAUUAUUUACGAUUAUAAUACUGAUCUUAGUCUAUUUUUUCAAACUAACCAUAUUUCAUCAAAAUUUGAGACGAUUUGUGAAUAAUUUCUCGAAACAAUGAGAAACACGGGAGAAGUAAAUCGUAGAAUAAUCAUCGCUAAUUGCAUAAUAGAAGUUGUUUAAUCGAUUGUGAUCAACAACCGCCUAAUUUUAUAGCGGACACUUUGAACUUUGUUGUUUUAAUAUCGAGAUGAUGAUGUGUAGAAAAGGAAAAUGGGUUUUUCUAGGAAAGCCGACAAAGUUCUGUCUAGAAACGCGCAUAAAGUUCCUUCCUUGUAAAUUAUCCUUGUAAAUACUCAUUUCUAUAUUUUUUCUAUCGUAGCGUUAUCAACGAAAGAGAGAGAGAGAGAGAGAGUGGUGUUCGAAAUAAUUAGGUUUAAUCGUUUGAGAAAAAUCGUAAUGCUGCCAUUUCAAUAAAAAUAGAAAAAAUGGUCAUAGAAGCAACGGUACCAAAGUCACUCGAGUUCCUCGAUUACUCUUCCACGAUGCAUUUUAGAGUUGCACGUCGAAGACGCAUCAUACAAUUCCCAACGACUUACAAUUAGAUAAAUGUCAGUCUAAAAUGCUUCCAAUUGAAUAAUUUUAUAAAAUAAUUUUUUACAUCUUUUACGCAUUGCGAUUUUAUUCUCAAAAACAUCUGUAUGUACAAAAAGACAUAUUAAUAUUUCUUAAUUCAUUCAACGUAAUUAUAUUGCAAAAAUUAAAAAUUGGAAACUAUUAAAAUUUCAAUGGUUUAAAAAUUACUUUAAGUAAAAUUAAGAAAAUUGAUUUUAGUUUUGCAAAAAUAUUAUUUAAAGCGCAAGAAAGAUAAAUUUUUAAUAAUUUAGCAAGAUUUUACUAUACAUUGUCAGAAAAUUGCAAGGCACAUGCUGCAUUAAUUAUUAUCAUCGAUACAUUGCAAAAAUAGACUUUAAAUGUAUUUCAGACAUAAUUCUCAUGAAACAAAAUUUUACGCAGUCUUCGACGGGCUGAUUUUAGGUCGGUGUGUAAAAUGGCGGAUUUUGUCGGCACCCGUCAUAAUAAUGUUCGCAUAAUAAUACGAACGAUCAGCAGCAAAAAGCAACAAGAAAGACUCGAACAACUAGUGACGACACGACUGCAACUAUACGAGACCUGUACCUGUAUAUAUAUAUUAAUAUUACUAUUAAUUAUUCAGUAAUUUAAAAAGAAGUAAUAUAAGGAGCUCUAAUUUAUGAAUACCUUUAUACAUAUAUACAUAUAAAUAUAUAUACCUAUAUAUGUGUAUAUACAUCCGUGUGUACACAUGUAUAUGCGUAUGUGUACUUGCGUGUAUACGCACAUACAUGCGUGCAUACCGUCGUCGUCGGUUGGCGGACGGUAGACUGCGCUUUACGUUAACUUCCGCGAAAAGUAAAUUUUAUUAAAAGAUUUCAUUAAUAAUAUUAAUUUAUUGAAUCGUGUAUAAAAAAGAAAAGACGUUGAAACUGUCAACGUGCGCUUCUAUCUAUUAUACUCGUGCUUUUGAUACGAUCGGUACAUAUAAUUUUAUUAAUGCUUUGAAAGUGUUGCUUCUUUUAGCAUCCCUAAGCAAGAGAUUUUAGAUUUUAACGAUCGUGUUAUUUAUUAACGACGUAAUAUUUGUCGAAAUUUUACGCCGAGAAUUCGUUUUCUUGUCGGUAUAGUGAUGUGUAGCAUAAUAAGCUCUUUUCGGGCUUUAACCGCAGAGUGAAGCGAUAAAAGUAAUCGCAUAUAUGAAAUUGUGCACCGUAAUUUUUCAUCGCGCUUAUUCCCAUAUUUUUUUCAGUCUUCGAUCCACGCCAAACAUAUACCUAUUUGUAAUAUUGCUGUCCUAUUAGCUUGCAUGCAUGGGCAUGUUUCUAUUUACUUGAGCUGAAUCUUUCUUUCUUUAACGCCCAUUAGCUAAAGGAGAACAUGUUUUAUAUAAAUUUAAGUUUCGAUUGUAAAAAGUAUCUCCUUAAUAUCACGCAGUUUGAGGAUAUCCAUAGCUUUAAACGAUCAAAAUUUAAAAGAGGAGAGGGCAAUUGUCUGUAAAAUCGGAAGUUUAUGAUAGAAAAUCUAGUCAAAACGUCCUGAGAAAGAGAGAGAGAAACAUAGUGCAAUUACGGCGUUUCUUAAGGAAAAAGUAUUUCGAAAUUGAGUUAAAUCUCCGUGGAAACAAUUAUCAAAUAUCGCGUGCGCGCGAAUCGAUUCUUCGAUCACGUCGUGCUUCCUGUACAUAGCGCAAAAAGUAAAAAAAAAAAAAAAUUAGAAUUAACGAAUCGUCGAAGAUGCUGUUCUUCUUUCCCGCAGCUUCUAUUGAUUUUACGCAAAUUCGGCGAAUUCGAACACUUCCAUUAAUGCUAAGCUAGAUCGAACGAGUUAAUCCUGAGCGCAGCUUACCGUACGUGGUGCGAAACAACUCAAUCUUCAACUGAGGGACGACUCCGGGGAGGGGUUUCGUCAUCGUGAGGGUCGGGGGCGAGAAAGAGAAUUUUUUAACGAACGAUACGAAUUUUUAAACCCGAAAUCGAGAUCUCCGGAGUCGUCGUUCCGUACGCAGGAAAAAAUUAAUAUCAAAUCAAUUCAUUAUUUCACAUAGAAACGAGAAUAUAAAAUCUUUUUGAAAAAUAAAUAAACAAAAUGAAUUUAAAACUCACGCUCGAUAUAUGCAAACACAAUUCAACAAAUGUGACAGUGUGACACAAGGAGUUGCGAGUUUACUCUCCGUGCCAAAGAUUCGGAUUCAAAUCGAUCUAGAACAAUAUAACGCGAAUGUCCAUUUCCAUCCCGAUGUAAAUUAUAACUUUGAUCUUGAGUUUAAUUUACUUUUUAUCUUUUUCUAAUUUUUAGAACUCAGAAAAGGUAAAGAGUAAAUUAAACCAAGAUAAAUUAACCAAAAUUAAUCUAUAUUGGUGAAAAUCAGUUUUUAAUUGAUUGAAAAACGAUCACCUCUCAGAAGGCAAAUUACCGAGAGUGACUUUGUCUAAAAAAGUCUCUUCUAUUAAUUCGUUCGGAACCGGCGUUAAAACUGUAGGAUCUGCAUAUAUUUACAAAUAUAUGCAAAUCUGCAUAUAUCUACAAAUAUAUGCAGAAAAGAUCGCCUACACAUGUUGAGAAGCGUAUAGCACGCGAAGAAGAAGAAAUAAGUAAAGUCAAUCAAUGAGCAAAUAAAUUAGAAUAAAAUAGUAACGGAUAUGUAUUAAAUCUUGAUUUUCGUUACAUUAUGAGAUAGGAAACAUGUACGUUUCUGACUAACUUGUCAUUCUUCAGCAUGAGAAGCGCAACUAACAUAUAUAACGUCCAACAAAAAAAUGUAAAAUGAAAUAUAUAUAAAAAAAAAUUUAUAAAUAAAUGCAGAAGUUACAACUUCUUCAAAGAAUUUAUAAUCAUAAAUAGACAUAAUUUGCUUACAUGAAGAAAUUUUCUUCGUGUAUAUUCGUCUAUCAAAUUCUUUCAAAAAGAUUUUAUAUAUUCUUGCUCAUAUGUGAAACGACUUGUUGAUUUGAUACAAAUUUUUUUUCUGCGUAAAGAUAUUAAUCUAAGGGACGUAUCGCAGACUGAUAUACACACGGCUAUUCGAAUGUUUGUGAGAUUUUAAAGAGUCACGUGCAUCGCGAUACGAUUCCGUGCGAAGCGAGAGAGAAAAGGAAAGAGAGCGCGAGAGUGAGAGAGUGUGCGAUUUUCAAGAAUGCAGGAGUGUAUUAGAUUAUUGUUCUAAAUUUCGGCUUCCUUCGCAAGAUCCUCCGAGGCUUCGGUUUCGCAAAAAUCUCCCCCCCCCGCCUCCACCCCUCGCGUCUCUGAUGUUGCAACACCAGGCCGCAACAAUUUAUAUAUAAAUCCAAAGAAAUCCUUAGCUGAAUCCUUUAGCUGAAUCAUUCAUCUUUCGAGAUGUAAUAGGGGACACGCGACUACCAAUGCUCUCCUAUACCAAGAUCACGCGCGAGAUCUUUGCGAAACUGAUGCUCCUCGUUUCUCCAUUCUCCCCGAAUUACCUAUUACCCUCAUACUAUCCAUCACCUGUCCGCUAGGACACCGUCGAACGCACUCGAACGAAGAGUUCCUCCUCGACUGUCCCGGCAAUUAUACCGUAAUAAGUUUAACGAGCGUUUCGCGAACUGGACUGGUAAAUGCGAACGCGAGACGAUGUAUCGUAGAUUCACAGGGCCUUUACACUGAUUUGCUGAUAUACCCUUUAAUAAUCAGGCAACGUGGACGACUCGCGGGCAUUCUACGGGAUGCCGAGAAAGCAAUGAAAACAUUUCUGUACAAGCGUAGCGUGCGCUAUACUAGCGAUAAUAUAUAAGUACUAAUAGACGCUGCCGCGAUCACGCUCGAGGAGCUCCUCGGAUGUUGUACGAGGUAUCCGCGCGCGCGUUCUUCGGCAUCGUUCAUCUGUAAGGCGCCUAUAUCUGCAAGCAGGAGAGAUGCGACGAAGACGAAGUGGAGGCAACGACCUUGAAAAAAAUUUUUUUCCAAGGCUCGUUGAAGUAAUAUCGCGUUAUACAAGCAAUAAUGAAAUUUCUUUUGGCGACAUUCGCGGUUUCCGGUGACGUUCCUCAUCACCGGGUGACAUUCCGUACAUUGCCUCGAAUCCCCGCCUUGCCUGUAUUUUGAGAGCACUAUUACGAAUAACGAAGUUAAAACGGAGCUAGGGGAGGAGAAACCUUAGGCGCUUAGGACUUUGAAACGCUAAUAGCGAGAACGUGGAGAUGGGAGCGGAGAGCACACGGCGCAGUGCGUAAAGAGGCAAACGGUGAAGACCAUGUAAAUACAUACGC